UCUCUUUUUCUCCUUUUUUCCGUUUUCACCCGAAGCAGCAGCGUGGACCCGAGUCACUGACCCGCCACCCUUUUUGCACUACCGAGUUCGUGACUCGGUUCCCCACCACCAUCAUCACACUCACUCAUUUUUGCCAUAAAUUUCAGAAUGAACGCGUCGUCACUACAGAAGUCAAAGUCGAAGGGAGUUUCCAAGCUUGUUGCGAAACUCGGUGGUGUGUGGCAACAAUGGCUGAGGAGACUCCAAAUCUCGGUGGUGAAACCGGUUCUGGAAUCAGGAAGGUUGGUUUGAGAGCUGAAAUUGAUACUUCGCCGCCGUUUGGAUCGGUUAAAGAGGCGGUUACUCGUUUUGGAGGAAGCGGACCUUGGCUGCAUAAUAGCGAUGAGGAGUUUGACAUAAAGAAAGUGGAGGAACAAGCAGCCAAGUUGGAGAAGGAUUUGAUAGUGAAAGAACUUGAAACACUCGAUGUGCUCGAAGAACUGGCAGCUACCAAAAGGAUUGUGGAGGGGUUAAAGCAGCAGCUACAAACUGAAGCAUUGAAGUGUUCUGCAACUGACAAUGAACAUGUUGGUACCCCUGUUGUUGUUAAGGAGAUGAACCAAGAAAAUUAUGGAACUGUUGCUGGCAAUCAAGAACAAAGAUUGCAGAAUCCAAACCCUGGCUGUGUCUCUGCUACAUCAUCUGAUCAAUUCUUUAUCGAGUUGGAACAAGCUAAGAUGAACCUUGGCAAAACCAUAAAUGAUCUUGGGGUGAUUCAAUCUUCUGUUGAGUCUCUGAAUAAGAAGAUGAAGAAGGAGAGGCUUUUUCUUGAGAGGACGCGUGAGAAGCUAGCAUCAAAGGUUGCAGCUGUCUCUGCACAAACGAGGGCACAAGAAGAAGCAAGAUCGAAUCCAUCACCGGCUUCUAUGAAAACAAGUUCCACUUCAGAUAAUCCUGGGAACAUUUUGGUGAGUUUCAAACCUGAUGCUGAUCAAAGCAAUAGAAUGGUCGAAACACUAAGAUCUGAAGUUUCAAAGCCAUUAUCAUACGAAGAGAACAUACUUAGUAUUAAGACUGCUGAGAUGAGGUGGUUUGCAGCUAAAAAGAUGGAAGAAGCUGCGAGGGCAGCCGAAGCUAUUGCUCUUGCCGAAAUCAAGGCUCUAUCUGGUGCUGAGAUACCAUCUGGACUUGUUCUACCAGAACGUCGGAGAGUGACUUUCGCAUUAGGAGAGCACACUCCUCUAAAUCCUGAAGUUCAAAUACCAGAAGAGUCUACGUUGAAGAAGGUAGUAGAUUCGAGAUUUCAAAUCGAUGAAAUAAAUGCUUCUAAAUUGAAUAUUUUGAAGAAGUUGGAGGAAGCAACAGAAGAAGUUCUGCUUAGCAAACAACGCCUAACUGAGGCUUUAAACAGUGUUGAAACUGCAAACAGAAAGCAGCAUGCUGCGAAUGAGGCUCUUCGGAAAUGGAUUCCUCAGGAUGAUAUGAAGGGACAAUCAAUGUAUAGAUCUAUCAAUCACAACUUUGCUUACACAGGAUGCUGUCAGGAUUCUUCUCUGCCAGAUGUGACGAGGUCAACAACAGCGAACAAUGACCGAAAACGUGUCCUGAAGUCCACAGUUUCAAUGCGAGAUGUGCUCAGCAGAAAGCAAGUUCCUGAAGAUUACACUGCAACAAAGGAGAUGGAAGAGCAUGCUGCAAGACAGAAGGUAGCAUUGAGUCAAAUGCUCCAAGCGUUGAGGGAAGAUCUUACUCUUCCUUCAAAUCCUGAAACAGAUAGGGAUCAUCAAAAGCAUUUUAUGGCUCAGAGGAAAAAGUUUGGAUUCAUCCAAAUAUCAUUGGGAAGGCCUAGUAAGAAAAGGACAUAAAUCUAAUCCUAGUUCCUUUGCAUGGGGACAUAAUAUGCAAAACUCUUGCAUUAAUAUAUUGCGUCUUGUCAUUCUUCAUUGAUUUUCGUUAUGAUGAUUGCUUUCUUGUUAGCCAAGGGAAAGUUUGUGUUAAAGUGUCUGAUUUUAUAAAAUAUGUUUUGUAAAAUGGUAGGUUAUGUUGUUCUUGUUGAUUGGCAAAGUUGAUUCCUCCAUUUGUAUAUUUUUGUUUGGGGCAUGGGCUUGUACGUGUUUCUUGAUUUUAUUUCUUGACAAUAAUUAAAUUAUGGAUUUUUUU